CAUUCCACUAAACUAAUUAGUGGGAUCGCCUAACCAUUUUUUCUUGUAACUGACUCACACACAGGCAAUCAGAUCUCUAUUUUCCAUGAUGCUUUUUAGCCCAUCGCUCGGUUGAUUAUGCUCUUUCCACAGAAGAUUUGUACCAGAAAGAACAUUAUCAAUCGCAUCUUGAGCGAUCACCGAGCUUUGGAACCAAAAUAGGUGGCUAGGAUAACCAUGUACUAAUCUCGAUUUUGAACUCUCUUUGAACCAAUGUGAUCUAGUUCCAACCUUGGAAGACGAAAAUCUGAUCGUGUCGUUGCCAACCAAUGAUCCUGCCCUUGGUCCAGUAGAGUACCCUUUUACCACCAGAUACCAUUGGCCAAACUUUGAUUUGAACGCUACUGAUCCCAGUCCAGAGGAUUUCGAGGUGGUGAGUGGACCCAAUCUCUUCAAAGAGGCAGUGGAACUCAAACAAGGACACGAUAAGUGUCUGAUCGACAAGGAGUUUGCGUUUGAAGGUGAUACUUGCAUACGGAAUCCAGUCAAUUGUGAGGAUGGCUUCAGCUUUUCCCUGUUCUUCAAACCUAACUACGACUUGGAACCUCACCAGUUCUUCAACACCUCCAAGACGUUCCUCCAGCAAUACAUCGUCAGUACUGGGGGAGAUCGAGGAUCGCCGGGUUUUGGGAUAUUCAUCCAAGGUGGGGACAUUGGAGCCGUGGUCAGUACCGGGAAUCUUACCUGGAAGGUCCAAGUUAAGGGUGGAGCCCCUGAUAACAAGACAUGGACCAACCUGGCUAUCAAAUGGAAACCAGCUCUGUUCAACAACCAGGAUGAGCUUCAAGACCUUCUCACGGUCCAGAAGAAAAAGUUCCACGAAUUGGGUGGCCUUCAGCUCUACCGCAAUCUGGAACUCAUUGGCCAGACAUUCCAUCCUGAUGAAGAUGUCUUUGGGAGCGAUGGGGAACAAUUCGAAGAACCCGAAAUCAUGAUUGGAUGCCAUCGCACACCCCAAGAUGAUACAGCUCGAAAAUUCAGUCAUGGAACUUACGAUGAAUUGGCCUUCUGGGCUCGAGCCUUGAAUUCUUCGGAAGAGGCCUUUUUUCUCGGAGGAUACAAGGACGUGUUUGAGAAUGUGGGUACCGACGAUCUAUUGAAGAUCCUGAACUUCAUCGACUACGCAGACGUCAAUCAAGCGGACACCGCCAUCAACAUCAUGGAAUCGAUCGUCAACGGAGAAGAGGAACAGGAGGAAGAAUUCAGGAACAUUUAUCCCGAAACCACGCCCACGCCUUCGGACACAACAGAGGAUGAGAAUGGGAGCACCUCCACGACUUCAAUCUCAACCACAACGACCACCGGAGUUCCCAAAAAGGACCCCACUAAGGAUGUGAAGAAUCUGAUGAAGAUCGCUAAAAAACUAACGGGCACUGGGUCUCUCAAUUAUUACAUCACUAAACGAGAGUUUGACGUGCGAAUGAAAGCCGUGAGUCCCCUGGGCGAAUUCAUGGGAAUAAAGGGCAAGUAUGCAGAGGGUUGGACAGCUCUGAAAAAAGACAAGAACGAAGCUGGACCGUUUGAGACGUUGACCAAUCUGAAGAACUACGUGAAAUACAACAUCGAGCGAUACACCGUGAUUCCACCCGAGUCCAAGUUAAGAGAGAUCAGACGAGUGGUGACCUCCAAUAACUUUGCCAUGGAAGCGUUCAAGAUGUCGUCCGCGAAUUUUGGCAAAUUGGGAACGGCUCACACCAAUGGGUAUUUCAAAUUUCCCAAUUGGAACACACCCGAAUGGACCCGGGCCAAGGCCAGUUUUGGAUAUACCCAAAGCCAGGAUCGACCCACGGAAUCAGUUGAUAUUUCAAGUGAAUUGUUUACGGAAGAGUGCAAGAAGAAGGAUAUCAAUUUCGUUGGGAUGAUCAGCGACACUUUCCCCGAUCAUGGACGGAAGAACCCAUCAUCCAUAUUUGCCAAUCACAUCGAGUUGGAUAGCCGUGUGAUCACUCUGGAUAUCACAGCCAACCAAAUGGACACUGAACCCGAGUCUCCAACCGCAAACAAGUUCAGCGAGCGAUGCGAGAUUGAUCCCAAAUUGGCGAUCAAGGACCCGUUCAUCAUCACGUUUGCCAUCAAAUCCAAACGCAAUCACGACUUUGGACGGAAACUCACCAGCUACUACGACAGCUUUGACGAUAAACGAGUCACCAACCGGCAUUGCGUGAUAUGGAAUGAGGACAUUGGACCUUUUGGGGCUUGGGACACACGUGGAGUGACCUUGGUCAAGGCGGAUGACGCUCAAGCCACGUGUUAUGCCACCAAGCUGGGCAUUUAUGCCAUUGUGGCCGAGAUCGAGGACGUUCCACACGCCGAAGACGACGAGACCUGGUUGAACAUUGUUAAAUUCAUCGGUUAUGCCGUCUCCAUCAUCUUGCUGUUGAUCUUCAUCGGGGUGGUUCUUUCUUCAACAUACCUAUGGGAGAUGUUCCACCUGAUUGCGGUCAACAUGGCCUUCUGCUUACUGUUCGGUCACAUUUUCAUGCUCAUCUCGGAGGUGAAUGGAAUACGGGAUGAUCGAGAUUCCUGCUCGGCGAUUGGUUUGCUCAUUCUCUUCUUUUACUCGGGCCUCUCCGUGUUCAUCACCAUGGAAUGCUACGCCAUGUUUAAGGCCAUCAUUUCCGGCAUCAUCGGAGGGCACACCCGGACGUACCUUUGUUUCGGUUACGGUGUGCCUUUGUUCCACAUGGGUCUGUCCAUCUACUUGCAUCUUCAGGAGAUGGGCACCGAUCCUCGGUGCAUGGUCGGAUGGGCUAAUGAAGUCAAGGAGGCCUUCUACAUUCCGGUGGCCAUUUUUGGUAUCCUUUCCGUCUUUUUGAUCACGAUUAUUGUGUGCAAUAUCAACACCCCAGCCAUGAGGAAGGAGAGCAUGGUUGAGGAAUUGGGAUCCUUGGCCAAGGGCUUGGGAAUGUUUGUCCUCCUGUAUGGGCUCACUUGGUCAUGGUUUCCGUUUGCCUACAUGCGUUUCCCCACACACGAGUUUCCGGAUUUCUAUCCGGCCUUCCAAGUGAUGAAUGCGUUCAUGGGCAUGUUCUUCUUCGUUUUCAUCGGAUUGAUGUCGAAUCGGUUCCGAACGGCUUUAACAGGCGGGAUUUUGAUGCGAAGAAAGGCUCUUUUGGCGGAUGCGUCUGCGGACGACAAUUACAAGGAGCAAGUCGACGACGACACUAUCACCACCAUGGAUGAUCUCGAGCAUGGAGAUGAUGACGAGGAAGAAGACAUUGAAGCUGCUCCUCGAAGUCGGCCCGUGUCUGGAAAAUCUGCUAAACAGGAACUGUCUGAAGAAGUGGAAAAGCCAGAAGAGGAAAUCCUUCCCGAUCCCAAUGAAGACGACAUACCUAUUAUCUCACCUGAGACGGAAGAAGAAUAGAGAAGAAUAACGACCCAAACUAUGACACAAAAAAUUCUGUCUCUAAUUUGGCUUCACUUCAGCCGUUACGCAUAUUCGGUUAAUCAAUUAAGUUCUAAAUCGAAUACAGAUUUUCUUGAGCAUCAAAUAAAAAAUAUUUCUUUAUUGUA